AUCACCAACUCAUCCAAGGAAUUCCAUAUGAUCGCCUCUCCCAAUCUCUCCCUCCCUCGCCGCCCCCAUUUCCUCCGCCGCCGGAACACUGCUCCUCGCCCCUUUCUCCAACCUCUAUCUCUCCCGCUCCGAUCUCCGACGAUCGCCGCCGCCACCCCUGCGGAAAGUGCUUUCACCACACCUCCCACGCCGAUUUCACUAUACAACGUUCUCGGCCUAGAAGAGAAAGCCUCUACCCGAGAGAUCAAAGCCGCGUACCGGAGCCUGGCUCGCACGUGCCACCCGGAUGUGCACUCGGGCGCAUCGGCCGAUAAGUUCUUGAGUGUCCACGCGGCUUACUCGACGCUUUCCGAUCCGUCCAAGCGAGCCGAGUACGAUCGCGAGCUCAUCGCUCUCCGCCGAUCUCCGGUUCGGAUCUGCCGUUUCUCUGGCCAUGUCCCUCGCCGUACCUGGGAGACCGACCAGUGCUGGUAGAAAGGGGCCGCUACAUUGGGACUGAUUUCACAGCCAUGCGAUGAGUAAGCAGUUGGAUGGAUUUGAAACUGUGAUGCCCUAUUCUCGGCCGCAUCGUCGCCGUAAGAAGUUCUCCUUUACUGUCGGAUUUCUUUGAUUCUUCAGUAUUCCUCACCGCCCUGUAAUCUCUCACUACUCCAUCUAUCUAUUUCUCGCUGGUACGGUGAAGCGGGCCGAGUCCGAUUGCGUGCUAAUUGCCGGCCUUCUCCUCUGUUAAUCUGUGGGAGCGGUGAGAGCUGAUUGGGGAAGAGGGGGGAGAUAAGAGUGGAUUUGUAGCCAUCCGAUGCGUAACGGACGGAGCGAUUUGGUUCUGUAAUGUAACACCCUAACCAUGGUUGCCGUGAGAAGACAUUCAACGGACUGGUUUUGGUGCGAUUGUAAAUCGUCUUUGUAACUAUUGAUAAUAUUUUUAAAAUCUUCCUAUAAUAUUUCUUAAGCUAAAGAAUUAAUUAUGUGGAUUAUGGAGGAAGGCCCAAAGUUAUUGUUGCGGCUAUUUUAGAAUAUAUUAAUGGUGGCAUCAUUCGGGGCUUUCUUUUAU